CGGAGACGGCGACGGGCCUCUUGUACGCAUGUGCGGAUUCGGAGCCUUCACUUGCGGCGAACGGUGGGAAAUGGCGGCGGCUCAGGCAGUGGAGGAAAUGCGGACUCGCGUGGUUCUAGGAGAGUUCGGGGUUCGCAAUGUCCAUACCACUGACUUCCCGGGUAACUAUUCGGGUUAUGAUGAUGCUUGGGACCAGGACCGCUUCGAGAAGAAUUUCCGUGUGGACAUAGUACAUAUGGAUGAAAAUACAUUGGAGUUCGACAUGGUGGGGAUCGAUGCUGCCAUUGCUAAUGCUUUCCGGAGAAUUCUGUUAGCUGAGGUGCCAACAAUGGCCGUGGAAAAGGUUCUGGUGUACAAUAACACAUCCAUUGUCCAGGAUGAGAUCCUUGCUCACCGCCUGGGGCUCAUCCCUAUUCUUGCUGAUCCUCGUCUGUUUGAAUACCGGAACCAAGGGGAGGAGGAAGGAACAGAGAUAGACACUCUGCAGUUUCGGCUGCAGGUCAGGUGUACCAGGAACCCCAAUGCUGCUAAGGAUUCCUCUGACCCCAAUGAACUCUAUGUGAACCACAAAGUAUAUACCAGGCAUAUGACAUGGGUGCCCUUGGGAAACCAGGCUGACGUCUUCCCUGAGGGCACAAUUCGCCCAGUGCACGACGAUAUCCUCAUUGCCCAGCUUCGGCCUGGCCAGGAGAUUGACUUGAUUAUGCACUGCGUCAAGGGCAUUGGUGAGAGCCCAGCGAGUCUGCCCUGGGUGGGGGCCAGUCUGAUUGCCUCAGUGCAUGGGGCAACCAAGGAGCUCAACUGGGGUUGUUGUCCCUGGCACUGGAGAAUAACAGAGUUUCUCAUAGGCAAAGAUCAUGCCAAGUUCUCACCAGUGGCAACAGCCAGCUAUAGGCUCCUGCCAGACAUCACUCUGCUUGAACCUGUGGAAGGGGAAGCCGCUGAGGAAUUGAGCCGGUGCUUCUCACCGGGUGUGAUCGAGGUUCAGGAAGUACAAGGUAAAAAGGUGGCCAGGGUUGCCAAUGCUCGGCUGGACACCUUCAGCAGAGAAAUCUUCCGGAGUGAGAAGCUGAAGAAGCUUGUGCGGCUCGCCCGUGUUCGGGACCAUUAUAUCUUUUCUGUUGAGUCAACUGGAGUUUUGCCGCCAGAUGUGUUGGUGAGUGAAGCUGUCAAGAUACUGAUGGGGAAGUGCCAGCGGUUCUUGGAUGAACUAGACGCGGUGCAGAUGGACUGAGGCUUCCAUAGCACUUCUGGGAUGGUCUAAUUUUCUUCAGUCAAUACAUUUUAUUAAAUGUGCCACAGACUAAGACUUAUGCCUUUGUAAGGCCUUUGAUGUAAAUAAAUUGAUAUGCUAGCAAAAACUUUUUCUCAGAA